CAUUGAGCAUUGCAUCAAUUAUUUAUGGCCUGCGUUUGGCAGUGUUGCAGCAAGUAGGCAAAUAUUGCCUGUAAAUACUGCAAUUAGUAAGUUAAUGAGCAGCGAUUUGCAUAAAGACGAAGAAAUGGAGCUUUCAUCCGACUGAAAAUAACACCCCAAUCAUGCUCGGUUUUUUUGGGUGCCAGAAUUGUACUACGUUUUCAUCCUGCAAUUGUUGGAAUAAAAAAAAAAAAGAACCGUCAGAAAAAAGAAAAAAAAAGAGAGAUGAGAUAGACAGUAGAAGCGGCUGAUUUGAUAAGGUCCAGACCGACAGAUGUGUCCGCUGGAACCUCUGCUGCAGCAUCCAAGCAUCAAGUGGUUAAGCCAGCGGUGGCAAUGUCUGAGUUAUCUUCCGAUUGUUUUCCUUCACCUCUGUCUACUCUCUUUCUCUUUUUUCCUCUCUAUUCAUUUGCUCUUUCUUUGUCUCCUCCUCUCAUAUACUCACCCUCCCUCCUUCUCCUGCUGUGAGACACAGCAGUGAGGGAGAGAGAAUCAGCAACACUGCCAAUCCAGCCCUGCUCCCUCUCCCACAGCCUCCGACCUGCUCCUCUUCUCUUCUCCUGUCUUUCAGGAACCCUGUUGCCCCUCGGAAAACCCGAGGCGAGAGGUAAGCUGAUGACAGUACGUAGAGGGGAUAAAGUUCCCAUCAGCAUCCAGGAGCACAUGGCCAUCAAUGUGUGUCCGGGACCCAUCCGGCCCAUUCAGCAGAUCUCUGACUACUUCCCCAGAUAUACACCUUGGCCCGAAGGCACUCUAUCACCUACAGGACAACCCCAAAACCUUUCACCCUUGAACAUACCACCACAGGCAUCAGAACAGGUGGACGACUCUGCAGACCUGGACAACUAUGACUCUGAUGAUGGCACAGCUCUUGGGACUCUGGAAUUUGAACUAUUUUACGACCAGGAACAAUGUAUCUUACAGUGCAUCAUCCUGAGAGCCAAGGGUCUGAAGCCAAUGGAUUUCAAUGGUCUUGCUGACCCAUACGUGAAGAUUCAUCUGCUCCCUGGUGCUUGCAAGGCCAACAAACUGAAGACCCGCAUAGUGCGGAACACUCUGAAUCCCACGUGGAAUGAGAAUCUCACUUACUGCGGGAUCACCCCGGAAGACAUGGGCAAAAAGAUACUGCGGAUUUCUGUGUGUGAUGAAGACAAACUGAGUCACAAUGAGUUUAUAGGGGAGACACGCGUCCCUCUACGCAGACUGAAGCCCGGAGAGAGAAAACACUUUAACCUCUGCCUGGAACGCCAAAUCCCUCUGGCCUCUCCUUCCUCAAUGUCAGCUGCUCUACGGGGAAUUUCUUGUUACCUGAAAGAGCUUGAGCAAUGCCAGGAGUGGGAGCUGGAGGAGCGGGGGAGGAUCCUUCUAUCUCUGACGUACAGCACCGAGCGCGGGGGUCUGGUGGUGGGCAUUAUGCGUUGCGCCCAUCUUGCAGCUAUGGAUGUAAAUGGUUUCUCAGACCCAUACGUCAAAACUUACCUGAAGCCGGACGUAGAAAAAAAGUCCAAGCACAAAACCGCUGUAAAGAAGAAAACACUGAAUCCAGAGUUUAAUGAGGAAUUCUUCUACAAAAUUGGAGUGCAUGAGCUGCAGCAGAGGAGCCUGGAGGUGACAGUGUGGGAUUAUGACCUGGGAAAAUCCAACGACUUCAUAGGGGGUGUUACGCUAGGCGUGAAUGCUAAAGGAGAGUGUCUAAAGCACUGGAUGGAGUGCAUCUCUUCCAGCAAUCAGAGGGCAGAACACUGGCACACGCUCACCAAUGAGCUCCCUGGAUCCACCUACACCGACUGAGGGAUGCAUUUCCUCUAAAGAGGAGCUAAAGAACAAGAAAAGAUGAGCGGGAACACUCACUUCCACACUCACAUCACUGAAUGCAUUUAGAUGAAACUUUCAUGUCAUGGGCACAUUCAAGAUGGCCGCCGCUGCAAACUUCCUGACAGGAGAUGUUCAUAUUUCCGUUUAUGGUACAAUGAGAUGUUAUCCAUUUCUACUCCAGCUUUUAUUGGUGGUCAUAGAGGUGACAAUCCCAGAGGCAAAGUCAUUUUUUGCCUGGUGGGCAAGACUGUUGUAGGACAGAGACCAGGAGAUUCAUUAAUGGUUGGGAACGGUCAAAUCUUGGUUUUCUGUCAACACUAAUCCACCACAAAAAAUGGCUCCCAUCCUCUGACCUCAUCACAGACAGCGCUCAACGGACUAAACCGCAAGACGCCAAACAAGAAAGCGCAGUCCCAUCUGAUUGAGAGUUUGACAGAUAACCAAUCUUUUUCCAUGCCUGCCAACAUUUCGAAAGAAAAAUCGGGGUACAGUUAAACAACCAUGACCCACACAAACCUCACACCAGAUCCAAACUCCACCAAACCAUGCCAAUAUUAUCUCAAGUCAUGUCAAAAACGAUUAUUGGAAAGAGUCAUAAUGCUUCCAAAGAGUCAAAGCCAUCUGGCUAUCAUCCAAAGACUGGAACCACCCAAGAUAUAUAUAUAUAAUAUAGAGGAACAUGUGAUUAGGAAGCAAAUGAAAUUUCACAAACAAAUCGUGUCUCAUGUCGGCCCUUCAGAGAUUUGUCCCCUGACGGUAUAAAUUAUACGGCGGUGGCCGAGGGCUUUUAUACAGUUCAAGAAGAGUGGCAACGGAAAGUGAUGACAUCAGAGCGCACUGUUCAUACCAUAUAAUGUACAUGAAUUUAUCAACGUUUUACAGGAAACCCGUCAUACGGUGUUGGCUGACAUUUUGUGAUCAGUCUAUCAGUUCACUGCCAACCAUUGACGUUUCUGAGGCACAAUACACAAAAUGGCAGCCCGCACUGUGUGCCUGAUGGAUGGACUCUACACUAACAAAAGAGUUGCCACCAUGGAUCAGGCACUGAGGGAUGAUGACAUUAAGAACCAUAAUGACUUAAGAAAGUGAUUUCCAUUCCUUCCUCUGCUGGUCCCAUGAACAGAACGAUGCCACUUUACAGAUUGCUGGGCAUCCGCAGCUAGGUAGAAGGUAGUCCAAUCCACCGCCUGCUCAUCCUGGUCCCUCCAGGGCACAUUCCUCCGCACCCUCAGAGCAGAUUAGCCGGCUUUGGGUUUCAUUUCUCAUUAUCUGUGAUUUACGUUCAUAGAUUGGAUUUAAUUAGGUCCCGCUGCAGCCAACUCACUUGACAGCUAAGCGCUGCUAAUCUGUAAGAGAUCCGUCAGAAUGUCAGAGCAAAUGUCAUUAUAUGGGAAAUAUAUUAGGAGACGGAUGUAGUUACAGAUGACAACUUUUGUCUUCGGAGCUCUGUACACAAUUACUGAUCCCCGACAGCGGUUGGCCACUCAGCGUGACGGUCUCAUUCACGUGGCGCAGAAAGACACAGCACAACAAUAUGAGCCCUCAUUAUAUCAGCACCAUUACACCCACCCAGUGCAGCAAUAUCCCGUACAAUGACUGCAUACAGGAUUAACCCUUAUAAUCAGUGUUAUUACCACAAGCACACACAGGGAUUAACCCCUGCAGCCAAUAGGGAUAUCGCAAACCAUGAACCCAGCGUGGGCUCUGAUAUUCAGUGUUAUCAUCACAAACAUAAACCAAGAUCAGUAUUAUCCGUAAUGAAUACAUAAUAUAUAAUAAGUGUAUACAUACACCAAUCCUGAAUUGGCUUUUGGGAUUAUUUAUAUUUACAGUAUGCACUGAUCAAACGCGCUUUAGGUGUCAUCAUCGAGCGUCUUAACGUGCUUUUCAUGCCCUAAUAUUAUUAUAAUACCACUUUCUUAAUCUCCCUGCGAAACAGAUACCAUAUUUUAGUACAUAGCAAAUAGAUCUGCAUUCUAUAAAAUGUUCCAAUGUUACAUGAAAUGAUAUCACCAUCGCCAUUUAGCUACGAUGCGCCACAAAUUCUGCCAUAUCGGACAGACCGCAUCCCAAUACGUGAAUAACUUCUGGAACCCUGUAUCUUGUGAGGUGACAAUUUAAUGAGAAAUGCGUUACAACCACUUUGAUGCGAAAGAUCCAAUAUAAAAGUGACUAUCGUCACCAUAGAUCACUACUCAGCGUUGCGCACGUUGCUCCAUCUGGUCACUAAGACAGCCAUUGAAUUAUACUCUCAGGGCCAAUUCUAGACACUUCCAGCAAUGUUAUUGCCAUCACUACCAGCCCCAACCGGUGUUCUCCUUUGUGGCCCACAAAAAAAAGCACCAGCCAGCUUCAUGCAUCCUUGAUGUGCUGUCACAAUCAUCCGCAGCCGCCAAAACGUGGAACAGAAAAGCCUCGCCCUUAUCUGCCCAAACCACAGACGUUUCAGGCGAGCCCCGCCUUCUUUCCAUCAGGCCACUCCCCCUGGCCAUCAAAAAAGAUUGGCACGCAAGCUGGCAGCUGUAAAGGAUGCACUAGAAGACACGGCCACGAGGCACCAGCAUACACUUCUCUGUGGACACUUGUGCAUGCUCUAACACGGGCUACUUUAAAUGUGCUGGAGUCUUGUGUUUGCCUAAACUCUGAGGAAAAGACAGAAACAGAUUCUAACACGUAGCACUCCUUCCUUCUCCAUAUAUAAGCCCUAGAAGGCGCACGUUACAUGUCGGACGGUCAGGCUUAAGCGUUAGUUUCAGGUUACGGACUGAGCAACUAGGUCGCGGGACAAGAGGUCUGUGGGCCGGUGGCGGCCUUUGAAACGUGUCCCAGGAUGUACGCCAUCUGCAGCUGUACACAUGAAACACACAACUAUGCACACACAUCUCACUCUGGGCUAUGCACACACCUCACACAUUCACUAAUUGCACGUUCUUUUUCACUGUUGUGACUUCUCGUUUUGUACGUUGGGGGUGUGUGCGCUGUUUUGUAUACAGGGGUGUAAGUUGGUGCUUGAGAGUCACGCAGGCACUGCAUUUAUGCAAAAUUGUGUCUUUUGUAACUUUAUUACUCUUCUGUUUCUUGGUUUUUAACGAGUUAUUGUUGGGAGAAACGGAGAAGGUCUAACGUAGUGUCAGCAAGUGUGUAAAAACAGCUAAAGGUGCAGUGGUUUGUGCGACACUCCAUAAAUAGACUGCUGCACAGACCAGCAGCGAAAGAUUCGCUCUUCUUAGAUAACAGAGCACGGCGAGGUCUUCUCCAAAUGUUAGGAGGACACCAAGAGUUUCUGGUUGCUUCAGCUUUCCAUGGAUUGUCGGUGAGGGACAACACAAGGGAGUUUUCCAAGAGGACAAAUCAUAUUGUUUUUGUUGGCCAACAUGAAGGAAAGGUGGGAUACAUCUCUUAGGGUUUCUCAAUGAUCCUCGAUGCAGUCUUGAAAAGACCGUAUAUUUAGCAGGUUGGGAAAUGUACAGUCUUCCCAGUGUUUUCAUUGGUAUGGGAGAGCAAUGGUUUGUUGACGUUUGCCUGAAUUUCACGGUGGCUGUUUCAGUGUAGAUCCAGAAAGAUAUUUUACCCUCAAAAUGAAAGUUCCACGGCUGACUGUGUUUUGAAACAAGAUUUACGGCCAGUAUUGACGUAUUUAGGUCAACACUAGGAAGGGAAUAAAGGUGAGGUGUCUUUGUAGAUGGUUAAUAUCAUGAUUUGCAUCCAAGCAGAAGAUACAAAGGUGUUGGUGGAACAUUUGUGAAGUGGAUGGCUUGUAAACAAGGAAACGUCUCUUCAGAUGGCUUGAAUAUAGGGAUUAAAGGAUGGAUACUUCCAGAUCUAGGCAAGGUAUAUUAUAGUAUUUAAUGCAGAUUGCUAGUUUGAUUGAAUCAUGGGGGAUGGUUUGAAAGUAUUUGUGGGGGUUCUGGUCAUUUUUGGAGAAUGGUUGAUUUUGGGUAGUACUGUAUAACUUUUAUGGAGACUUGAGUUGAGAUUGGUCCCACUUGCAUUACAUGUGGAUGGUUUGAUGUUGUCUUGGAAGGGCUCUAAAUCUUUUUCUGUAUAUAGAUUCUAUGUAAUUGCUAUGGCGGAUGUCUUGAAGGUGAGGGUGUAAGGAGAGACACAUGUUGAACAUGACAGAGGCGUGUGGUUCUAAGAUGAGGUGGAAAGGCUGGGUGGCUCUCUGAGGAGGCAGUCUGGUGUGUCGGUGUAAGGUUGGAUGGAACGUGACUGGUUGUGCUUCGUGUGUGUUUGUGUCAGGUUUGGAAUGGGGUGUGAUGGAGGCUGCGCGCCCUGUACUUGCAUGUAACAGCCUCCUCCUGAUAACUGCACCAAUAAAGGCAAAAACCAACUAA